AUGGAUAAAACAGAGUUAGUUACUUAUCUCUUUUUGUUAUUCCUAUUUUCCUUCUGUAUAAUAAAUGCAGAAGAUGCAUCUUUAGAUAUAGAGAUAAUAGGUAAUCAGCCUCUUUAUUUCACAAAAAAUGGAGGUCAGAUCUUAAAGUUAAAAGCAAACAAUCUUAAAGAUUGCAGUAAAGAAACACCUUAUAUCAAAAUAAAGUUAUUGGGUGCACGCAGUUCCCGUUUAGUAACUGCUAAGUUCAAAUCCCUUGAUGGAUUAGAAGGUUCCUUUCAGAUACCAGAUAUCCAAAGUUUUUCUUACGGUGCAUCUGAUGAAGGUCGAUGGAAAGCAGAAUUCAAACUUUUAUGUCCUCGUAAACUAAACGAAAUAGACUAUGUAUUAUCCUAUUGGUAUACUGAACCAUAUAUCCAACAUAUCUUUCCAGGACAAGGAUUCUUUUUUGGUGGUUACAUGGUUACAAUUACUGGAAGAUAUUUAAAAGUCGGCAAUCCCAACAUCCAAAUCAGAAUAGGUUCUCUUAAAUGUGCCCUGAAUCCCACCUAUACUGACGGUAUAAUAACUUGUACUAUCGAGGACAGAAGUAGGGACAAACUCUUUAUCCAAAACAUGGAUGAAUUUUGGAGUUCAGAUGCAGAUAUCAAGGUUUCAGUAGAGAUAAAAUUUGAUGGUAUAAAUCUCUCAAAUCUGCCAUUCACCUUUCAAAUUCCUACUGUUAUCGAUAUGAAUCCACAAUCUCCACAGCUACUCAACUUUAAUGGACCAAUUUUAUUUGGUUUGAAUGUUGCUCUAAAGGAAUCUGAUAAUAUCAUUAUUAAGAUAGGCCAGAGCAAGUGUGAUGUUAAAUUCGAAUCCACUCAGACAGCUUCAUUUAUUGAAUGCACAAAAUUCGAGCCACCAAGUGACAAAACAAAUAGUGAAAUUGAAAUCACGUGCAACAAUGUCCAAGUUAAAUUUCAUCAUUCAAUUAGCACGAAAAAACAAUUUAAAUACCUGUGUAUGUAUAUUUUCUAA